UCUCCACCUCAUCUCUGCUCCAACGUAGUCCAAUCAUACGAUCGUGUAUAGUUCAAGCUCCCGUCUCCUUUCUCAUCUGAUUUCGUUCGAGUCAGGUUGUAAGGUUUUGUUUUAUGGUGGUUUACUGUCAUGGUCGGUGAUGGUCGGUGAACAUGAUGACACGAUUGAGAGGCAAAGCCUCUUUGAUAAUAAUAUUAACGAUCAUCUUUCUUUUAUUGGUGGCCGUUUAUCACAUUCUCACUAACGAGAUCGACGACGUGCCCUCCUCAAAGGUAAUCUCGCAUCUGAGGACAGAGAAUGCGUACUCUUCGAAUAAUCUGAUCGAAUCUCACCAGAGAAACGUAGAGAAUCAUAACCUCCAGGAGGAGCUCACUGGAGGAAACGCGAGAAAUGUGCCCUUCAGAAGUUACAAUUAUGGCAAGGCCUACAACACCGAAAAUCCUCUCUUCAAGGGGCACAAGAUCGUGCACUUGGAUCUCAAAGGAGCACCACCCAAGAUUGGCUACUAUGAUCACUUGUUCCCUUUGUUGUGCAAACUCGGAGCAACGGGGAUCUUGAUAGAGUACGAGGACACCUUUCCGUUCGAUGGACCUUUAAGUAACAUAAGUGCUUCUAAUUCCUAUUCCAAGCAGGAUAUUAUUACCAUUCAGAGAUUAGCCAAGGCUAACGAUCUUAUAGUCAUACCGUUAAUACAAACUUUCGGGCACCUAGAAUUUAUUCUAAAAUUAGACAAGUACAAAGACCUUAGGGAGGUAUUCCGCUAUCCUCAGGUAAUUUGCCCGACCCAUAACGAGUCUUUUCCAUUGAUUACUGAAAUGAUCGAUCAGGUUGUAAUGGCACAUCCAGAUUCCCAGUACCUGCACAUCGGUGCAGAUGAAGUUUAUCAAUUAGGCGAAUGUAGUCGGUGCUUAAAUGUACUUUCCAAACGACGCUGGAGUAAGAAACAUUUAUUCCUGGAUCAUGUAUCGACCGUAGCUCGAUACAUUACCCAGAAAUAUCCUAAACUGACGGUCUUAAUGUGGGAUGACGAGUUCAGGGAAAUAUCAUCCGAGGAGAUCAUGGAAAGUGGGCUGAACGAGCUGAUAGAGCCUGUCGUUUGGAAAUAUACCACCGAUCCUGGAGCUUCUCUGGCGGAUCAGCUGCAGGAUAGUUAUUCGCAAAUCUGGCCAGCUAUCUGGAUCGCUACAGCAUUUAAAGGAGCAACGGCCCCGGACAGAUAUUACACAGAUAUUUCGUAUCAUUUAGAAAAUCACAGACGAUGGUUGGAAAUUAUCGAUAGGUAUUCAGAUAAAAUAAAAUUCAAAGGAGCUAUUCUGACCGGAUGGCAGAGGUACGAUCACUUCAGUGUACUUUGUGAACUGCUUCCUUCGGCACUUCCAUCUCUUGCAGUAAACUUGGCCAUGCUUCAGUCUUCCGAUUUAAGCGGCUUCUAUGCGGAAGUACCAGAUCGAGUUACACAGACUAUGAAAUGCGAAGGUACAAUCUCAUUAAAUAUACCCGAGCCUCAGUAUGGAUGGACUAAGUGUGAUUACGAAGGAGUUGCAGUGUAUGCUGCUACAUUAAGAUUAUUCCUCUUGAAUCAAGAAUGGAAUAAGUUAGAACAAGAUAGUGCGUUUAAAGGUUGGCUGAAAGAGUAUAAUAUUAAGCACAUGUUUUCCAGUCCGAGUCAUGUUGAACAUGCUCUUGGAGACUUAAAUAAAUUCAGAAUGGAAACGUUUUAUAUUGAGAAAGAAAUGAGGGUGGCAAUGGAGAUGAUUUACGAUAACUUCACGAUAGAGGAAUGGAUCGAAACGUUCAUUACGCCACUGAAUGAUAAAAUUACUAACUUAUGGGAAGCUAAAGAGAAAUUAUUGGAGCAGUCUGUUUGGCCGAGGAGGCCGUUAACUAAAGCUGAACUUUAAGUAGCCAAAUUGUUUUAGUUCUGGAAAAUUGCUUCUAGAGUCUGUGACUAAUGCAUAUUGCUAAGAUCAAAUGAAAAUAGACUGUUUAUUGAGACGAA